AUGGGAAAUUCCCGAAGAAGCAUCAGCGUCCCCUCACAAGGCGGCUGCACCAGUUUCCUUUUCUCUUGUUCUUCUUCACCCUCGUGGCCAUUCCUUUCCUCGCCAUCACGGGAGAACCAGUCGCAGUGCGUGUCACCGAUCUACCAUUCCUCCUUCGUCACUGUGGCUCCUUCGCAGCUCUCGAAACCAGUUUCUGACGGGUCCCCAACUUGUAGAUCUGCCAGUCCAUUCGCAUUUAGAGGAUCAAAGACACGUGUCUCUUCAUUGGAGAAUAGUUUUGACGGGAUUGGUUUCCGAGGGAACUCAUUUCCGACGACAUGUUGCAGUAACCAACCUGGUUCCUCUGGUUCCUCCACAAAGGGCUGGCUGCAACAAAACCUGAGCGAUGACACGCCUGCUUCGUUGCUCGUGUGUCAAGAACGACCCCCAGCAGAAGCAGAACAUUCUCCAGCCUUUGCGGAUACUCGUCGUGGCACUUGUCGAAUCCCCCUCCAUUCAUCCAUCUCUCCUAUGUCGUCUGCAUUCCGUGAAGAGAGCUCGUCGCUCUCUGUAAAACGCAGCAGCAUCCGUCAGGGAGAAAGGAAGGCUCUUCUGUUUCCGGCUCUCCCACCGCUUGAUUUGAUCGAUCAACCACAUCCAGCUGAGACCUCAGUCAGCUGGGGGAAGAAUGGAAAAGAGAUGUGUCAUGCGAAGCCCAGAAAGAGAGCAACCUUCGACACAGAUCGAAGUGACUCCGAACCACAACUGCUGGACUCAUCCCCUGCUCGCUCCUUCUCUUCUUCCGUCGCGUUUUCCGCGCCUUCCUCGUUCUCUAGUUGUGCAAGUCCAAAUAUUUCAAGAGGAAAACAGAAAACUGUUUUUCGAUCUAUGGCUUUCACGCCUGUACCACGGGAGGAAGGAAACCCAGUUUUCGCUUCUCGCCCAUCGCUGUCUUUCGUUGGUCUUGGCGGCGUGGAGACGACCGUUGCGACGCUCGGCAGCACCGCCGACGAAAAGAGUCACGAACGCUUUGUGUGCUCUCGAGGCGUGAAGCAUUUCGAGUGGACAAUAAGGAAGACACAUGAACGCAAAUGUAAACAAACUAGACGACUGGGGGAAAAGGCGGCAACAAGAGGGGAAUCGGGUCCUCUUCUUAUAAUGUCACUGCACAGGCUGACACGCAACAUGGGAGGCGAAACAACAACAGUGGACCCUCCACGAUCUCAAGCCUUUGUCCCAGGUCCAGUGCUUCCUUCACUCUUUUAUCGUUCCUCGUCAUGCUUGUCUUCGCCGUCGUCUCAGACAUCAGAAUACAGACACCCGUGCGAAGCGUCUCCUGCUUCCUCGUCUCUCUCGUUCUCCCCUUCCUCGGCUUCACUGUCGCCUUCUUCCCCCUUUCGUUGCGACGGAUGUUGCUCGAGUGUCUCAUUUACACCGCGAGAACCAAACUCAACAGAGUCAGAGGGCAAGGACGAGAAGGAAGAAAAGGCGCGUGCACCAGGUUUCUUCCGCGAGACCCAAAGCUCGCGAACUCUAUCGGAGACACGCAGACCCAGCUCGGGAAAGGAAGCAGCUAUCGCAGAGUCUGAAACAAAGCUUUGUCUCGUUUCGCAUGCACUGGCAGCUUCAUCUUCGUGGUCGCCGUCAGCCGCUUCUGGUUCAGGUCUCGCAGAUGAAGAGAUGGAAGAGACGCUUGGGGGCCUGAAGGCCUUCAGCCGUGACGUACUUCACGUCCUGGAAGGUCAGAGAAAAAGGGAACCACAGACGGACCACGAAACGGUGGGGGAACCCAAGGAUGCACGCUCUCUCUUAGCUUCCGUUGUGUCUCCAGAGUUCCAGAAGAGUAACUUGAAGAAGGCAAAGUCUGAAGAAAGGGACGAAACGUAUAGAUAG